AAGACUUUCUGUCAUUCAUUUUUUAUUUCGGUGAACACUAUAUUUCCCUCACACACAACACAAAGAGUUAUUCUUGACUUCUUGUAAAAUAAAAACUGUAGGGUUUAUUGAGCCCAAUUUUGAAGACCCAUUGGGCAUAUUAAGAGAGGCCCAUAUUGAGGACGUCGGAGCGUGAAGGCCACUCUCAUGAAAAAGAGCGUUAGAGAAGAAUUAACGUCAACACCCGAGACGCAACUUCACUCGGUCGUGGCUUAUUCUCCGAUUAGGUUUUUGAUUCUCUUCGUCUUCGUCUUCGUCUCUGAAGCGACCAAAAACCCUAAUUUUACCAAUCCGAAAUUCCGAUUUCACAUGGGUGAACAUUCACCUUCUCAACCAUCGUCUCAAACUCAUCCCCAAAAUCAACCAGAAUCACCCAAUCCCGAAACCCCUAAUCCAAUUCCACCGGGAACUAACGAUGAUGACUCCGCCUCAUCCGCCGGAGUUUCUGGCUCAAUCGUCUCAUUAACCACCAUUGAAGCACCACGAGUCACUGAAUUAGGCAAUGUAUCGUCUCCACCUUCCAAAAUCCCACUCCGUCCUCGAAAAAUCCGGAAACUUUCACCCGACGAUGACGCUUCCGGUAACGGCGACGGAUUCAAUCCGGAGCAUAACCUUUUGGCGACGACUUCAAAACCGGCAGUGAAGAGUAAAUUGUCACAGUCACGCUGUGUAACCGUGCCGAGAAUCCACGCGAGGUCUCUAACCUGUGAAGGCGAGCUUGAAGCAGCGCUUCACCAUCUCCGAAGUGUUGAUCCUCUGCUCGCGUCGUUAAUUGACAUUCACCCACCACCAACGUUCGAGACUUUUCAUACUCCGUUCUUGGCUUUGAUUCGAAGCAUUCUUUAUCAGCAGUUAGCAGCUAAGGCAGGGAAUUCAAUCUACACCCGCUUCGUUGCCUUAUGCGGCGGUGAAAACGGCGUCGUUCCAGAGAAUGUAUUGCCUUUAACACCUCAACAGCUUCGACAAAUCGGUGUUUCCGGGCGUAAAGCCAGUUACCUUCAUGAUCUUGCUAGGAAAUAUCAAAAUGGGAUCUUGUCGGAUUCUGGAAUAGUGAAUAUGGAUGAGAAAUCUUUGUUCACCAUGUUAACAAUGGUGAAUGGGAUUGGCUCAUGGUCAGUUCAUAUGUUUAUGAUAAACUCUCUUCAUAGACCCGAUGUGUUACCAGUUAAUGAUCUUGGUGUAAGGAAAGGUGUGCAGAUGCUUAAUGCCAUGGAGGAUUUGCCUCGUCCAUCGAAAAUGGAGCAGCUUUGCGAGAAAUGGCGUCCGUAUAGAUCAGUAGCGUCGUGGUACAUGUGGCGGCUCAUUGAAUCUAAAGGUACACCACCGAAUGCUGCGGCUGUGACGGCUGGAGCUGCUCUUUCGUUUCCACAGUUGGAAGACAUUCAACAACAACAAGAAGAACAACAUCAUCAACAACAGCCACAGCUUAUGGACCCCCUUAAUAAUGUGUUCAGUAUCGGAUAGAGCGAGCAUUGGAGUGAUUGCGUUAUUGCUAUUACUUGCUGAGAUUGGUAAAGAAAAUACUCGUAUGAGCGUACAAGUCACCUGAGAAGAUAGGGUAGUUUUGUGGAGCUUAGGAUAUUCAAGAAUAGCAUCUAUAUUCUAUGCAGGGAAUUGGUUUGAGGUUGGUUUUCUUGGCUGGAUAGACCUAUUUGAUCUUCUGGCUGUAGUUGAUAGAUUUCUCAUGUCAAGUCCUUUGCUUAUCUUCAUCUAGUCCUCAGCCUUAGGCUAAUCACGUUUAUGGCAGUGUAUACCUUCACUAAAACUAGAUGAGAUGGAAGAAAAUGGUACUUUAGGACUUCUAAUAUUUGAGACGUCACCUAUGGUACUAAUGUUUCACAUUGCCACAAGCAAAUGCAAAAGACACUAGUCAAGAAAAUUGCUUACAGUGGGUUUAACCAUCGAUAGCAUGAUAAGUGAACCUUUUCUCAUCCAAGUUACUUUUUUUCGUAAUGCUGAAUGCUUGGUUGUGAAUUAAGAAGACUAGUUACAAUAAUAACAACAAUGUUUAUUAUACAUUAUUCUUCUAAUUUGGUUCUUAUUGUUUUCU